AUGGGAUUAUUUGCGGGAAAGGAUAACAAGAAGCAGCAACUGCAAAAUCAUCGUAUGAAAAAUGCGCUUUUUGAGGUGCUCUGUGAAAUCAAAGAAAAAACCGCGCUUUCAAUACGUGGCGGUCAAGAAGAUACACCAGAAGAUCCACAGUUGAUGCGAUUAGAUAACAUGCUGGCUUGUCAAGAAUUCACUCAACAUGUUGUAUCAUUGUUACGCGAGCAGAGUCGAACACGGCCAAUUGCAAACAAAGAAAUUGAACGUAUGGUUGCAAUUAUACAGAAGAAAUUCUCCGGAAUACAGGUACAGUUGAAGCAGUCAACUUGUGAAGCAGUGAUGAUUCUUCGUUCACGAUUCCUCGAUGCAAGGCGAAAACGUCGGAACUUCAGUAAGCAAGCAACAGAAGUGUUGAACGAAUACUUUUAUUCACACCUAAGUAACCCUUAUCCAUCCGAGGAAGCGAAAGAGGAAUUGGCACGGCAAUGCCAAAUCACCGUUUCACAGGUCUCCAACUGGUUUGGUAACAAACGAAUACGGUACAAGAAGAACAUUGCGAAAGCGCAGGAAGAGGCCAACAUGUAUGCUGCAAAAAAAGCGGCGCAUGGUAAUGAAUUUUUUUUUUAUUUUUUUGUAACCUUCGUUAUCUCCGUUUGGUAG